AUGGCUCUUGCUGAUGAUGUCCUAAGGAGAGUUAUAGAGAAGCAUAAAGUCAGUCUGAAGAGGAGGUUUGAGAACAUAUCUGAAGGCAUCAUCAAACCAGGAGCUGAGACACCCCUCAAUAAGAUCUACACAGAGCUAUACAUCACAGAGGGAGAGAGUGAAGGGGUGAAUAAGGAACACGAGGUUUGGCAGGUAGAGUCAGCAUCCAGAGCACAAACCACAGAAGACACGCUAAUCAACUGCAAUGACAUCUUCAAGCCCUUACCUGGACAGGAGAAGCACAUCAGAACUGUGAUGACCAAAGGUGUUGCUGGCAUUGGAAAAACAGUCACAGUGCAGAAGUUCAUUCUUGAUUGGAUAGAUGGGGUAGCCAAUCAGUAUGUAGACUUCAUGUUUCCCCUUCCUUUCCGUGAGCUGAAUUUAGUCAGGUGUGAUCCGUAUAGUCUUCACAAGCUCCUGCUUGACUUCCACCCUGAGCUGAAGGAGCUGAAGGAUGAUGAAGAAUACAAAGACUGUCAGGUUGUGUUCAUCUUUGAUGGUUUGGAUGAGAGUCGAAUUUCACUAAAUUUCCAAUCAGAGAUGUUGGUGUCUGAUUUAAAACAAACAUCAUCAGUGGAUGUUCUGAUGACGAGCCUCAUUCAGGGAACUCUGCUUCACUCGGCGCACAUCUGGAUAACCUCACGACCAGCAGCAGCCAGUCAAAUUCCUGCUCAGUGCAUUGAUCAGGUGACAGAAGUACGAGGGUUCGAUGACUCACAGAAGGAAGAGUACUUCAGGAAGAGAAUCAGUGAUGAGAGUCAGGCCAGCAGAAUCAUUUCACACAUUAAGGCAUCCAGGACUCUCCACAUCAUGUGCCACAUUCCAGUCUUCUGUUGGAUUGCAGCCACUGUGCUUCAGCAGAUGCUGGAACAGGACAACACCCAAGAAAUCCCCAAAACUCUGACUGAGAUGUUCAUACACUUUCUGCUCAUCCAGACUACCAGAAAGAAUCAGAAGUAUCAAAGUGGAAUACAGACAAAUCAAGACCAACUCCAGGAAUCACAGAAGGAAAUCUUACUGAAGCUGGCAAAACUGGCUUUCAUCCAUCUGGAAAAAGGCAAUAUCAUGCUUUAUGAGGAAGACCUGAAAGAGUGUGGUAUUGAUGUCCGUGAAGCUUCAGUGUACUCUGGCAUGUGCACGGAAAUCUUCAAGGAAGAAUCAGUGUUUCACCAAGGGAAGGUCUACUGCUUUGUGCAUCUGAGCAUCCAGGAGUUUCUGGCAGCACUUCAUAUCUUUGUCUCCUACAGCUAUCAAAUGGAGACCAUGGGAAAUUUUUUCCACUUGGAAGACUCACUAAAGUUUGCAGUUACCAUAGUACUGGAAAGCAGGAAUGGACACCUGGAUCUUUUCCUUCGCUUCCUUCUGGGUAUCUGUCGGGAGAGCAAUCAGAGACUUUUGGGAGGUCUACUGAACCACACACACAACAGCUCAGAGAGCGUUAAGAAAAUGUGUCAGUACAUUAAGGAGCUCAAUAAAGAGGAUCUCUCCCCUGAAAGAUGCAUCAGUCUUUUGCAGUGUUUAUCUGAAGUGAAUGAUCAUUCCAUGCAUGAUGAAAUUCAGGAGUACCUGAAAUCACCAAAGGGCAUCAAACAUGAAUUGUCUCCUGCUCACUGUUCAGCACUGGCCCACAUGCUUCUGAUGUCUGAGGAGGUGCUGGAUGAGUUUGACCUGAAGACAUACAACACAUCAGAUGCGGGACGCAGGAGAAUGAUCCCAGCCCUGAGGUGCUUCAAGACAGCAAAACUUGCUGAAUGCACACUCACAGAUAAGUCCUGUGGAAUUGUGGCUACUGUUCUACAGUCACCAAACUCCCUGACAGAGCUGAGUCUGAGUUACAAUGACCUGGGAGAUUCUGGAAUUCAACUUCUCUCUAAUGGACUGUCUAGUCCUCACUGCAAACUACAGACAUUAAGACUUGCUGAAUGUGAACUCACAGAAAAGUCCUGUGGAAUUUUGGCUACUGUUCUACAAUCACCAAACUCCCUGACAGUGCUGGACCUGUGUAACAAUGACCUGGGAGAUUCUGGAGUUCAGCUUCUCUCUAACGGACUCUCUAGUCCCCACUGCAAACUGAGGAAAUUAAGACUUGCUGAAUGCGAACUCACAGUUAAGUCCUGUGUAAGUGUGGCUACUGUUCUACAAUCACCAAACUCCCUGACAGUGCUGGACCUGUGUAACAAUGACCUGGGAGAUUCUGGAGUUCAGCUUCUCUUUAAGGGACUGUCUAGUCCCUACUGUAAACUGGAGACAUUAAGGCUCUCUGAUUGUCUCAUCUCAGAAAAGGGUUGUAUUUGUCUGGCUUCAGCUUUGUCUUCAAACCUCUCCCACCUUAAAGAGCUGGAUCUGAGCUACAAUCAUUCCGGAAAAUCAGGACUGAUGCUGUUAUCCGCUAGACUGGAGGAUCCUGACUGUAAACUGGAGAUGCUUAAAAUUGACCAUGCUUCUGUCAGCAGAGCACGGCCACGUUUGCUGAGAUAUGCCUGUGAGCUCACACUAGACCCAGACACAGCAUACAGAUAUCUCUCACUCUCUGAGGGGAACAGAAAGGUGGCAAAUGUGAAAGAGGAGCAGCCGUAUCCUGACCACCCAAAAAGAUUUGAGUGGUGGAAUCAGGUGUUUUGUAGAGAGGGUCUGUCUGGACGCUGCUACUGGGAGGCUGAGUGGAGUGGGGGUGGGGCUGAUAUAGCUGUGGCGUAUAAAAGCAUCCAGAGGAAAGGAAAGAGUGAUGACAGCCUGCUGGGACGUAAUGACAAGUCCUGGAGUCUGGAGUGCUCUCCUGAUAGUUACUCUGCCAGACACAAUAAUAAACACACUCACAUACCUGCCCCCUCCUCCCGCUCCAGGAGAGUAGGAGUGUACUUGGACUGGCCAGCUGGCACUCUGUCCUUCUACAGCGUCUCCUCUGACACACUCACCCACUUGCACACGUUCCACUCCACAUUCACUGAGCCCCUCUAUCCUGGGUUUAAGGUUUAUUAUGGCUCCUCAGUGUCCCUGUGCCAGAUC